AUGACAACGACAAGGAGCAAGUGGUCAGUCACUUCAGUCAGCUCUGACCCUUCGUCCAUGCCUCCAUCGGCCGCCGUUUCCCGGGGAACCCCAACCUCGCAGGCUCCAUCUGCUCGGAAAGUCGGUUCAAGAACUGGCCAUGCCAACUUGCCCAGCGAAAGCGAAGUCAACGAUAGGGAUGGAGCUGCGGGCUAUCCGGCAUUCUUCUCUUCUAGGUGGAACCCAGACUUUCAACAGCGAGGGGGAGCGCCUCGUUGA